AUGGAGGAAGGGGGUGGCCAGACGCCAUCCACCUCGGCUCCCCGUAAGAGGGACCACCACGACAACAGCUCCGAAGAGGAGGAGAAGACAACAGAGGACUCCCAGCCCCCGAGGAAACAUACCAUCUACGUCAUCUUCGGGGGGCCCGAGGGAGGGGACUCGCCAGCCGAGCGGAAGAGGUGGGCGAGAAGCUUGUACGUAGGGGAGGUCACACGAACACCCCACGAGAAAAAACCAAAGAGGGAGCCCAUCACGUUCACCGACGCCGACCUACCUGACGGGCCCCUCCCCCACCGGGACGCCUUGGUGGUCAAGCUGGACAUCAACAACGUGGUGGUGCACCGGGUGCUCGUGGACACGGGUAGCUCGGUCAACGUCAUGUACCAUGACACAUUCACCCAGCUGGGACUCUCAAGAGGGCAGCUGGAGCAGGUACGAACCCCCCUAUCCGGGUUCACAGGGGACUCAAUCGAGACAGAGGGGUCGAUCACUUUGGAGGUGGAGAUAGGCACCCCACCUUACACCAGGAGGUGGGAGAUCGAGUUCGUAGUCGUCAAAAUCAACUGCGCCCACAACAUCAUUCUCGGCUGA